AUGGACCGCAAGCUUUAUUGCAUCAAAGUCGUGGAUGAAGACCGAUACGAUCCGGCCUACGGUGUUGAACCUAUGGAUUGCACUGAAUCUCCGGAGGGGCCACCUCGGAGACGGGAACUCAAAAAGGGUGAUUAUCAGCUGAUCACUCUCUUUAAAGCAGAUGAUCCAUCAUACGACCAUGACACCAUGGGUCUUGAUGAUGGUGAUACUUUGAGUUCCACUUCUUCGGAGUACUUUACCUGCGAAGAAGAUCUCACCUCCAACAAGUCAUCACCUGGCAGCGAGAUCUCUGAUUCUGAGUUGGACGUCGUCGAGUCGGAAUUAAAUAACAUCUUCAUGGAUAUACAACGACUUUCCCGACGACUCCAACAGGCCAACAACCAGAAUCACACAUUACAAUCUAACGUAGGCCGCUUUCAGAGGAACAUAUUGAAGGCUGACAAUAAAAUUAAGAAACUGUUCUACUGAUUGAAAUAUGGCCAGCCAGAACAACGGCUAAAUUGUGAACUGAAGGAAGAUCAGAGAAACUGAUCGCCUUCUGGCACAAGGCACAUUUUUAUCAGCUGCCUGUUGAACUAAAGGAAUAUCGAAUAACUGAUAGCCUUUUGGCACAGGCAAGCUUACUUCCACUGCAUAGUGAACUGAAGGAAGUUCAUAAUAUAUG